AUGGAGAGUGACCGUCCUAUUGCCAUCAUCGGCGGCGGCCUCGCUGGUCUUGCCCUUGCGCGAGGCUUCGAGCGUGUGGGCGUGCCUUACAGGAUAUUCGAAGCCACGGAGAGAUUCUCGGAAAUCGGAGCAGGCAUCAGCUUUCUACCAAACGCAAUACACGCGAUUAACCUGAUCGAUCCCAAUCUGUUCAAGUCUUUCGAAAGCCACAUCACGUACGACGAGGAUCCGGAGGUCAGCCAGCUGCGCAUCCGGUGCGGAGAGAAGCAGCUGGGGGACUAUCAAUUCGGCGAUUCGAUUAUCAACCUAGGCAAGUUUGGGAAAGAUGAUAAGGGAAGGUGCGGCGCACAUCGCGCACGAGUCCUGGACGAGCUGGUCCACCACAUACCUCCUGGAGUGGCGCGAUUCAAGAAGCAGAUGGUCGAUAUUGUUGAGCUAGAUGGAAAGGUCGAGGUCCAUUUCGAGGACGGCACUCAUGAAGAUUUCAAGGCUGCCAUAUGCUGCGACGGUAUCAAGAGUCGAGCGCGAGGUAUUGUCUUGGGAGAAGACGACCCUGCCGCGAGUCCCGUUUACGCAAAGGCGUAUGCGUAUCGCGCGCUGGUGUCGCGAGCGGAUGCCGAACGAAUCAUCGGCCCCAAGCUCGCUCAAAACGGAACCUUCUAUGUUGGUAACCGCCGCUUCCUCUUCCACUUCCCGGUCGAGCACGGCAAGCUGGUCAACGUGAUUGGAGUCUGCGUGGCACCAGACUCGACGUGGAUGGCGCGGUCGUUGCAGGAGCCUUGCAGCAAGGCGGAUAUGCUUCGAGAUUUUGCCGACUUUGGAGAGCCUUUGAGUGUUCUGCUGGCCACCAACGAGAAUCCGAUGCGCUGGGCGCUGUUCGAGCUCCCACAUGUCCGGACGUAUUGCAAGGGCAGGAUCUGUGUAAUGGGCGACGCGGCGCAUGGAAUGACCUCUCAUCAAGGAGCGGGAGGAUCUGCCGCGUUCGAGGAUGCGUAUGUCAUGGCCGAGUUGCUGGGUGACGAGGCUUUGAGAGCGGAUCUCCCACGAGCAUUCCGCGCGUUUGACAGAGUCCGUUGUGAGCGCGGCAAUCGCAUCGUCAGCACCAGCUACGAAGCCGGGUUGAUAUUCACGCUACAGCAGGAGGGGAUAAUGGAUGACAUGGACAAGUUCAAACGAAUCAUGGCAGUCAGAUUCGACUGGCUUUGGGGGGUCGAUCUGGUGGAACAAGUGAAGCAGGCGAAGGAGUGGGCUUCCGAGGUUCAGGAAUAG